AUGCAAGCCACAUUUGCGGACAGUCCAUCGAUAACGGAAACACUCCCGCGCCAGCGGAAGCCUUCUCUUCCCCCGGGAGCCUUCGCAGAAGAACCAGCAACUCCCGAGAAAGUUCUCUUCAAUGAUGGUGCCCCCAUCCUUGUCUCUUAUGACGAAAUCCCCGAAUGGUAUCAAGACAAUGAGUUUAUUCGACAUGGCUAUCGACCCGUCUCUAAUUCCACUCAUGCAUGCUUUGCCAGUUGGCUGUAUCUGCACAAUGAAACCGUGAACAUCUAUUCGCAUCUUGUUCCCGCCGUCUUCUUCCUCGCAGCAGAAGGCAUGUUUUAUCAGCAUCUUCAAGUCAAAUAUCCCGAAGCCACGUUAUCCGACCACGCAAUUUUUGCCUUCUUCCUCUUGACUGCUGUUAUAUGCUUGGGUCUGUCAACUACCUAUCACACACUAAUGAAUCACUCCCUCCAAGUCUCUGAGCUAUGGUUACGACUCGACUUUGUUGGUAUUAUCGUCCUGACCCUAGGAGAUUUUGUCUCGGGAAUUUAUAUGGUAUUCUACUGUGAGCCUCUGUUGAGACGAUUAUACUGGGGCAUGAUCAUCUCACUGAGUUGCAUUACAAUAAUGAUCCUCGUGAACCCCAAAUUUCAAGGACCCCGUUGGCGCACCUUCCGUGUCUGCACUUUCGUCGGCACUGGACUAUCUGGCUUCGCGCCUCUGAUUCACGGUAUCAGCGUCUUUGGUUUUGCUAAAAUGAUGGUGCAGUCUGGCAUGCCAUACUACCUCGGCGAAGGAGGGCUUCUUAUUCUAGGUGCACUUUUUUAUACUAUGCGCAUUCCGGAAUCAAUCAAGCCCGGGAGGUUUGACAUAUUCGGCUGCUCUCAUCAGGUAUUUCAUGUUCUGGUCGCCCUCACCACAGUUGUUCAGUUGAUUGGUAUCCUUUCGGCGUUUGACUAUAACUACAACCAUGGAAAAUGCAGACUGCCAUGA